AUGACGAGACCGCUAGCUGCGCCCGAGAUAGGUCCUCCCUCGACCGAUGACGAGGAAGAGGAGGAGGACCAGUCCGACGUAGAGGAGGAGCAAGAGGAGGAAGAAGUCGACGAGGGGCUGGUCGCAGCCGUUGAACUUUUGCUGGCGGAGGUAGAGGCGCUGCGAAGGGCGAGCUCCUUCCCCGGCCUGGAGGCGCUGUCCAGCAUCGACAAGGCCGGGCGGUACCUCGGUCCCACCAUGGAGUCGAACUGGGUGCUCCCGGGGCGUCUGCUCGUGGGCGCGUACCCGGCGUCCAUGAACGACAGCCACCACGCCCACCUCCUCUGCACCAUCCUGCUGCAGGGAGUCUCGACCUUCGUGUGCCUGCAGCAGGAGUACCAGGCGGAGGGCGUGACGGAGGAGAUGUGGAGGUCGGGCGACGCGCUCAGGCCGUACUUCCAAGACGUGGUGCAGCUGCUGGCGAAGCUCGGGGAGCUCAGGAGGGCAGACCCGAGGUCCGUGCCCGCCAUCUGCGCGCCGGAGGAGACCGACUUCGUGCACUUCCCGAUCGUCGACUGCAACGUCGCCGACGAUACCAAGGUGCUCCAACUCGCCGCACAGCUGGCCGGCCGGCUUGCCCGCGGCGAGGUGAUGUACCUGCACUGCUGGGGAGGGCACGGCCGCACGGGCACCGUGGUGUGCAUCAUGCUGCACCUCAUGUACGGCCUCAGCGCUGACGAGGCCAUGGAGCGUUGCCAGCACGUGCACGACGUCCGGCGCAUCCCGAUAAGCGUGGGGUCCCCGCAGACGGAGGCGCAGCGUCAGCAGCGCGAAGCGCCGUGAGGUAUUCGGCGAGUCGCAUGGGGGGUGCGCUACAUCCCGCACAGGGUGCUCGGUAUCUUGUGCUUAGGAGGGGGCAUUUUUUCUUUCGUCCAGAAUUAUCAUUUGUAAGGCUACAGUAACGGGGGUAGGAUUGGUUGGUUGGCGUUUGGCGGGAAGGAAAAACUUCGUUUUGUCGAGGCCAACGGGUGGUUGGGUCGGUGCACGGAGAUGGGAAAAGGAUACUACAUCGCAGCAGAAGUUCUCCGCCAUUCAUGAUAGCUGGAUCGGUGGGUCGCGUCCGUGGGCUCGUGUCCUUUCUUGGCGUUGUUUUUGUUGCAGAUUCGUUUUGCUGUUGUUGGGGGCUUUUUACAUAUGGCUCGUUGUGGCCCUUUGGUUUUUUUAGAAGAUAUACAUACAGACUCCCCGUUGGAGGUAAGGCCACAGCAGUAGAUACUCGAAGGGGGCGUGUUGGAAGUCUUCGUGGUUUUUCGCUGUUGCUCUGUGGACACUAGAUAGUCGGGUAGGUUUUUGAUGGGUGUUCUUACUGCCGUUGGGGGGAUGUGGAGGUUUCUGCUACUCUUCUUUAUAUUGAAGGUGACAGUUUGAUAUCACGUAUAAGAGUGGUUGGCUGUGAACGUUUCUGCCCUCCGCAGAACGCCAGAGGGGGGGGGGGGGGUCGGACGAUAGUCGUGGGGCGUGGUUGUGUUGGUUGGU